CCUUGGCGGGUGGGAGCGGGGUGUACAAAGCAGAGGCUGAGAAAGAUCUGGGUUUUUCGGUGUCCGCCGGCGGUGUCCGCAUUGGGCUCCAGGUCCACGAUUCCACCCAGGCUGCUCAGUCUGGUGCCGUCUGUGGGCGGUUUCUGGAAGCGUCCUGCUGCUUAAUGGGAGAGGCGCUCCCACGGGUCCCCGUUUCUUCUCCCUCUAGAGGAUAAUCUAGGAGGCCGAGAGGAGCAGGCUCAGGGCAGGCUCUGGGGUAAUCCUGGCCUCCUCAGUUAUGCAAGAGAGCGCUGCAGGCCUCCUGGGGCAAUUCUGCUCCUGGGCCCGAACCGCGGCCACUCCCAUCCCAGCGGGGAGGGUGCUUUUUUCCGAAGGCAGCUUGGUCAGGUGACCGUGGCGGCUCUUAUUUAGCCGGGGACGCGGAAGGACGAGCGCUCGGAGGCCGCGGGAGAACGCUCAGGACCGGGGACUGCGAGGCCAUGCGAUCCCCGAAGCUGCCCGGGCUGGCGCUCGCGCUGCUGGUCCUGCUGCUUCUGCUGCCGCCGCCGGGUUCCGCGGGCGGCCCCGCGCCCUUCGACCCGACCUGGGAGUCCCUGGACGCCCGCCAGCUGCCCGCCUGGUUCGACAAGGCCAAGUUCGGCGUCUUUAUCCACUGGGGCGUGUUCUCCGUGCCCAGUUUCGGGAGCGAAUGGUUCUGGUGGUACUGGCAAAAGGAAAAGAUACCAGCUUAUGUGGACUUUAUGAAAAAUAAUUACCCUCCUGAUUUCACAUAUGAAGAUUUUGGACCACUAUUUACAGCAAAAUUUUUUAAUGCAAACCAGUGGGCAGAUAUUUUACAGGCUUCUGGUGCCAAAUACGUUGUCUUAACUUCCAAACAUCAUGAAGGCUUCACCUUGUGGGGCUCAGAGUACUCGUGGAACUGGAACGCAGUAGACGAGGGGCCGAAGAGGGACGUCGUCAAGGAACUCGCGGUCGCCGUUAGGAACAGGACUGACCUGCGCUUUGGGCUGUACUACUCCCUUUUUGAGUGGUUUCAUCCGCUCUUCCUUGAGGAUGAAUCCAGCUCGUUCCAGAAACAACAAUAUCCAGUGUCUAAGAUGCUGCCCGAGCUCUACGAGUUGGUGAACAAGUAUCAGCCAGAGGUGCUGUGGGCAGAUGGCGAUGGAGGGGCCCCAGAUACCUACUGGAAAAGCUUAGACUUCCUAGCCUGGUUGUACAAUGAGAGCCCGGUUCGGGACACAGUGGUCACCAAUGACCGUUGGGGAGCUGGUAGCAUUUGUAAGCACGGUGGCUACUAUACAUGUAGUGAUCGUUAUAACCCAGGACAUCUUUUGCCACAUAAAUGGGAAAACUGCAUGACAAUAGACAAGUUUUCCUGGGGCUACAGGAGGAAUGCUGGAAUCUCUGACUAUCUCACAAUUGAAGAAUUGGUGAAGCAACUUGUACAAACAGUUUCAUGUGGAGGAAACCUGUUGAUGAAUAUUGGGCCCACACGAGAUGGCACCAUUUCUGCAAUUUUUGAGGAGCGAUUGAGGCAAAUGGGAAUCUGGCUAAAAGUCAAUGGAGAAGCCAUCUAUGAAACCUACGCUUGGAGAUCCCAGAAUGACACUGUGACCCCAGAUGUAUGGUACACAUCCAAACCUAAAGAUAAGUUGGUCUAUGCCUUAUUUCUCAAAUGGCCCAUAUCAGGACAGCUCCUUCUUGGCCAGCCCAAAGCUACUCUGGGGGCAACAGAGGUUAAACUCCUGGGACAUGGACAGCCCCUUCAUUGGACAGCUUUGAAGCAAAAUGGCAUUAAGGUAGACCUGCCUCAGCUAACCAUCCAUCAGAUGCCCUGCCAGUGGGGCUGGGCUCUAGCACUAACAAAUGUGACCUGAUCUGCAGUAGAGUGCUUCCUGACGCAGUUACAGCUAAGACUAGAAUGUAUAUCAGGUUUCUGUAACUACAGCACAUGGACAAAGCAAAUGUAAAAUUGGCCAAGAAUUGCCUAAAUUACCCACGUAACUGUUUUAACUCUCCAAUGCACUUUGCUAUUUCUCUUCACACUGAAUUUAUUUCCAUGUGUGAAUCAGAGGUGGGGAUCUUUGUUGUAGUGAGAAAUUGGUGGUGGUAAGGACCGAAUCAUGUCUAAUGCCAAAUUCACAUUUUGAAACUCUAAGCCUCAAUGGGGCUUCCCUGGUAAAGAAUCCACCUGCAAUGCAUGGGACAUGAGUUUGAUCCCCGGGUUGGGAAGAUCCCCUGGAGAAGGAUUGGAUUUGGAGAUUUUAAAGAAGUAACUAAGGUUAAAUGAAGUCAUCAGGGUGGGACCUUAAUCCAAUAUGACUGGAGUCCUUAUAAGAAGAGGAAGAACAUGGAUGGAAGCACACGGAGGAAAGACCAUUUAAGGACACCGUGAGAAGGUGGCCAACUGCAAGCCAAGGAGGCCUCAAGAGAAACCAAACCUGCUGAAGCCUUGGGCUUUCAGCCUCCAGAACUGUGAGAAAAUAAAUGACUGUGGUUUAAGCAUCC